UGGAGACCAGACCCGUAGAAAGCAGUUUAAACACCGGAUACUUAGCGUAUAAAAUGGUAGGGAUGGCGCGAACCUAAAGUCUAUCACCAGCUAAGGCGAAACUCACCGAAACACUCACCAGACCUUCAACAUGACCAAACAAGUCCCCGGUAUAUCCCCUUUGGUGAUUUCCGAAAAGUGAUGGGUCGAAUUGCAUACUGAUAUCAGCUUUUGUACCUGUGGCGCCGCUUAUCGAGAGAUGAGCUGUGCAACCAUCGAAAUUCUGUGGGGUGGUCGUCUGUUGUCCUUGAAUGAAGUCGUCCAUGGACCGACAGGUGCAGCGAACAGGAAGGCAGGAGCUGUACCGCCCUGUAGAUCUCUUUCCCAUCUCUGUCCGUGGAUCUAUUGUGUUGCGCGGAAGAUAUCACCCGGGAUUACUGGAAAAAUAGACAUGAGCAUCCGUGUAUCGCGUCCCUUUCCGCGGUCAGUCCGGUCAAAACCCUUGAUCUCUCCGUAUGACAUGGUCCGAGGCCCACCAGGUCCUACCCGUAACCCAUUUGAUGCUAAGUUUCGCCUCCACCUGGAUAAGCCCUUGAUACCGUUGCCGCGGCAAAAUCCUCGUUUCCAAAUACCGUCAAGCAAUGACGGAUACGAGUUCAAGCACAUCCCAUGGCGAAUAGCUAAUCACCGUGCGUCUUCUGCUCUUUCGGACUUGUGCUGCCCAUCAUCUCCAUUCCAUUCCGUGGCGAAGCGGAGACUGCACCUUUCUUCCGUAUGGCCCUACGCACGCGUCAAAAUUUGUAGCCAGUUCCUGUUGCGCGUCUCACGUUCCCAUGGAUCAGCGCAACAGGUGACCAAGCCAAUUAUUCCAUCGUCAUAACUUUUGUCCAAUUUUGGCGGCCAUCGGGAGCGAACACGGUUGUAACGUAACCGAAUGAACAUUUUGUAGCAUGCACGGAGAAAGAUGGGCGCGUGCACGGGGGUAAAGGAGAGGGAAGUCUUAUUCCGCACUAUAGACGGAGACUGAUAAGAUCAGAAUUUGAGAACCCAGAUACCUGAUUCUAUCCACCUGGCUGCGACUGCAAGGUGGGAAGGCGUAUGGAGUCAUUUCAUGGUAUGGGCAUGUCCUUCGUAAGCCAACUUCGCAGGGGUUAGCAUCAACAUAACCUUAUACCGCUACGUACUCCGGCGGCAGGAAAGCUUG